GGCUCGAGGGGCCGUGUCGUCAUGGCGGCUCCCGGGUGGUCGGAGCGGGUGCGCGAGCUGCUCACGAGGAUGAACUCCUUCCACGGCGCAGGCUCUUCCAAGGCUCUGUGCCUGCCAUUUAUGGUUGCUGGUCAACAGGUAGGCCAUGUGCCACAGGCUGUGGCUAGAUGUCUCUGUCAGUAUCCAGCUGUUUUCUCAGUGUCUCAGGGAGAUGAGGCACCAGCACGUGUGGAGCUGAGCCUGCAGCUGGCCUCCUAUGAGCAACGGACGUCUGCCGUACAAGGGGUGCUCAGGGAUCUGAGGGCGCAGCAGGCCUUUCCCUGCCUGAAAGAGUGGAGGGAAGAGCUCUACAAUGUGAUGCCCUACUUUUGUGACCCACCUCUCUUCAGCAUGGAGCGUGCAGCAACCCCGUUAUUUGGAGUGAAGUGCUACGGUGCUCACCUGAAUGGCUACACUUGGCGAAAUGGUCAAAUGCAUAUGUGGCUGGCCCGUAGGGCUCUGAACAAGCCAAUAUACCCUGGCUUAUUGGAUAACCUGGCUGCUGGUGGCAUUGCAUCAGGGCUGAGCGUCAGAGAGACACUAGUAAAAGAGUGCCAAGAGGAAGCCUGCAUACCUGCCUCCCUCACAGCAUUAGCCAAGGCUGUGGGGACUAUCAGCUACACCUAUGAGGGGGCACGUGGAGGCAUCUAUCCUGAAUGCCAAUUUGUAUUUGACCUGGAGCUGCCUGAAGACUUUGUGCCCCAGGUGGGGGAUGGAGAGGUGCAGGAGUUCUACCUUUGGCCACUCGACAAGGUGAAAGAGGCCAUUGGAUCUCCAGAUUUCAAGCCAAACUGUUCAAUGGUGGCACUGGAUUUCCUUUUCAGGCAUAGUUACAUCCUGCCUGAUGAAGAACGUUAUUAUGCAGAGCUGGUUGAAGGGCUGCACAGGCCACUUUAAAAGAAUAACAAUGGCUGUUCUGGUGAUAUACAUUUUGUCUAUGGUUUUUACUGGUCCACUCCUCUGUAAAAAGUGAUAAUACAGAAGGAUCUCAGAUGGAGAGACUAACAUUAAGUCUACUUUCUGCUUCCAGCUUGGCCUCAAAGAGCUAUUAUGUUUUUUAUACACACACACACACCACAGUGGUGUACUUCAGUAACUUAUGUUUGCACAGGGACUUACAAAAGUACUUGGCAGCUGCAUGUGCUCCAAGGCUCCAGACAUGUAAAAAACACUUUCAUGUCCAUUUUAACAUUUAAUUAAAAAAAAGUCAACCAAAGAAACAUUGUGUGAAAGUUGGGCACUAGGGAGUGGGUGGUGGGACACAUCGGCAAAAUACUGUACAGGUGUGUACUCUGCAAAGAACUCAGUCCGUCUCGUUGAAACGUGUCACCAUAGUCUUGUGCAAUGCCUCGCGGUAGGACUCUGAUGCUACAGCCCCAUAAGAGCUGCCACGUGCACCCAGGCCAGACCCACGGACCCGUGUUGGGGCCUAGGAAAAACCAGAGUGGGGGGGGGGGGGGGGGAGAGAGAGAGAGAAAACAAGUAUUAAAAAGAGUGACACACUCUUAUAGAGAGAAAUAAAUCUUUCCUCCCUCCCUGUACAGUCUAUAAAAGUCUGUCCCUAGGCACUUUACUCCAUGCAUCCAAGGAAGCGGAUUUAGGGUAUAUCUACACUGACCACUGAAUGCAAUUCCAAACCGGUCCUGAAGAAUGUGGUUUCGCUGUGCAGAUGAUGACAGAGGAAAUCCUGGCACCAGUUUUAGGCCCAGAUGGUGAUGACAGAAGCCACAGAGCACUGAUGUGCAUUAAAGGGCUCUCUUUUGUGCAUUUUUGUGGGAGUUUGUUGUCUGGCCUCCACAGUUUGUAACUAGUUUUGAACUGCAUUAAAUGGUCUGCGUUGGUUGAA